CUGUGAGUGAAGAGGAGAGACACAGAGACAGUGAAGGUGCAGAAAGAAAGAGAGCCAUCUCUUUGUUUUGCACUUCUUCCUCUGCUCAGCUCCUCUUUGCUAACGCAAACACCCUCUAAUCCAACACAGAAAUGGACGCAGCAGCAGCAGCUCCUGGAGGCAGCAAGGCCGCUCCCCCCAAGUUCAAGCAGAAGGAGACCAGGCAGUUCAAGAGCAAGGCUCCCAAAGCUGGACAGAAGGGAUUUAAUGACGUUCCUGGGAUGGAGGGCCUUGGAGAUGCAGCGAUCGUCUGCCCCUGGGAGGCGUUUGGCGACAUGGAGCUGAGUGAUCUUGCCCAGUUUGGCAUCGUCUAGACCUUCAUGCCAAGCAGGAACAGUUUAUUCUUGGUGGCUGCUAUCCAGCAGCUGUCCCCUUUCCAGCUCUUUCUCCUCACUUCCAUUGUGGAGAACCACUGAAGAAUGAAGUGGGAGUUGUUUUUCUUCGACCCUUCGAUCAGUGGAGGAAGAAGCUCUUGGACUGCAGCCCCCGGGAAUGACUCAUGGGCCAUUACCAUCUGGAAGACUUCUCUGAGCUUUGGACAGUCUUUGAUCACACGGUAGUGGCCUCAGUCUCCUGUGUAGCCCAGCAACAGAGUAAAAGUGUCACUCACUGUACCGCCGCUUGGGUUUCGUUGAUGGGAUUGUUGGCCAAAAUCCCCACAAUAUACAUUCUGUGAUCUAUCUAUCU